CGCUGGCCACAGGCGGAGCCGACGGAGGCGUCCCGGGGCCCAGCGGCGGAGCAAGCGCCUGGGCCGCCGCCUCGCGGGGAGCCCGUGCCGAGGCGCGCGGGGGCCGCCCGGGGGCGGUGGGCGGGGGAAAGGGCGGAGACGGCGUCCGAGUGCCCGCCUCCCGCCGCAGUCCUCAACCAGGUCGGCUCCCGGGGAAUAUACCGCGGCUCCGCCGCGCUGUCAGCGUGCAGUGUGAAGCUGCGGGAGGUACUACCAUGUCUGGAAGAGGCAAGGGCGGGAAGGGGCUCGGCAAGGGGGGCGCCAAGCGCCACCGCAAGGUGCUGCGCGACAACAUCCAGGGCAUCACCAAGCCGGCCAUCCGCCGCCUGGCUCGGCGCGGCGGCGUUAAGCGCAUCUCGGGGCUCAUCUACGAGGAGACGCGCGGCGUUCUCAAGGUCUUCUUGGAGAACGUGAUCCGCGACGCCGUCACCUACACCGAGCACGCCAAGAGGAAGACGGUCACGGCCAUGGACGUGGUGUAUGCUCUCAAGCGACAGGGGCGCACCCUCUACGGCUUCGGCGGCUAAUCUCGGAUCGCAGACCUUGCACUGUCAAAACACAAAGGCUCUUUUCAGAGCCACCCACAAAUUUCACAAUGAGAGCUGUUGAUUAUUACAAAAAUAUUGCUACAAAAAAUACUAAAAAAUUUAACAGAAGCAAAGCUAUGAAAAUGCAUAACUCAGAGUUGUUCAGUGUAUUGUAUUUUAGUCAAUGUGUAUUAUUUGCUAUGUAUAUAAAAAUAUAAUUCAGAAAUCUGGUAGAAUACCCUUAGGUUUUAGUUUGCAAUUACAGCUCUUUUUAGG